AGUAGCCUCAGUUUAGAGGCCUUGAUAUAAAAAUCAGAGAUCCCACCAGUUUUAACUUGCUUACACUGAGACUUCAUAGUGGUAGGCAAAAUGGCUUUUCACUCUGUAUUUCUUGUUUCCUUAGCUGGUCUGGUAUUUUUCUCUGAAGCUGCACCACCGGGCUCUGCUGACUCCAAGCAUCCUCUUGUUAUAAAAAUUCUGGAUUCAGUCCGAGGAAGUCCAGCUCCAACUGUUCCAGUUAAGUUAUAUAAAGAAGCUGCAGAUGGAUCUUGGGAACUGUUAAAUUCAAAGCAAACCAAUGACAACGGAGAGCUUCAUGAGCUCACAACUAAAGAGCAAUUUGCAACAGGGAUAUACAAGAUUGAGCUUGACACAGCCACUUACUGGAAGAAACUGGGCUUGAAUCCCUUCCAUCACCAUGCUGAUGUGGUGUUCACAGCUAAUGAUGCUGGUUAUCGACAUUACUCCAUUGCUUUUAUCCUCAGUCCCUUUUCAUAUGCAACAACAGCAGUAGUUAGUGAGCCAGUGGAAUAGAGGCAGACAUGAGAAGUUCAUGUGUAAAUUAAAACUUCCAUAAAUAAGAACUAGUUUCUGACUGCAUCUACAGCUUUAGAUUUCAUAAAUCACUAACAGUAACAGUCAAUUAGUGUAUUUGCAUUGUUAACUUUAAACAGAACAUGCAUUGACUUUGUUUUCAAACACUUUUCUGAAUAAAAGUAUCCUGUAUUUCUGUAUUUUCUAAGUAUUGCUCUUCCAAAUAAAAGUUUAGGGUUGAAAAAAUACAUUAAGCUUAGAAAAAUACAUUGAAAGUCCACUAAUGGGAUCCUGAGAACAAACCAAAGUUUUCCAUGAA